AUCGCACACGAUUGCUUCACGCUUUUGCCUUUAAAGGCAGAAACGUGCGCCGCAGAAAAGCAAUCGUACUCGACGUCCAUAGCACGCUUGGGUGCUUUAAAAGAAGCGCGCAAGAUGUGUGGAUUUGCAACAACACACGCGCUUUUCAUUCACUCCAAGGAUUUAAUCCACCCCGCAGAUCAUUCACAACUUCUUCCUUCCUCUCAAACAUUAUCACAAGAUGCCUGCUGUAGAACGUAACGAGACAUCUGUUGCCUGCACUGUCUGCGAUAAGGUUAUAAGCCGCAAGGGAGAUCUUCCGAGACAUAUGCGGACGCAUGCUGAAGACAAGGAAGCUCUUAUGCAUGCAUGCCCAUUCCCUAACUGCGAUCACAAGACCCUCCAAAAGUCCAACAUGCAGACGCACAUCAGAACCCACACCCGUGAAUUCUCCAAGACGUGCCCUCAUCCUGGGUGCGCGUAUGCCACUACAGAUCCAGGCAGCUUGACGCAUCACCGCAAGGCACUACAUGGCUACGAGCCCAAGGCGCGUUGCAUCCCCGGUGGAAAAGCUGCUCGACGGUCCGCCGCCGCGCCUUACCCAUCUACUCAGUCUAUGAAGUCAGAGGCAGAGAUUCCUGAAUCGCUGGAUUUCGCGGUUCUGGUAUCCCCCAAAUCUCAGGCGAGCUCGACGAACUCCCCUGGGAGAGACUCUUCCCCGACAUCCCCGCCGAGAGCUUCAUCUCCAUUUAUGAUAAGCCCUCUCAGCUCCCCACCCCCACCCCUAACAACAACCAGCCUCCGACUGUCCCUGCCGGUCCUUCCACUCUCCAGAUGCCGCAGUUUGACCCGGAGCUGUCCUCCGAUGUCAACUAUCAGCAGCCCGUUCCAGAUAUGCCAGCUGAACUGAACGAGUUUUUGCAGAAAUACGGCUCAGGGUUCUUUGAAGGUCGCUGCGAGUACCCGGACAAUUUUACGAACGAACACAACGCCGACUGAAAUCUUCACUAUCAUCUUUCAUCUCAUUGUCAUACCCCCGCAUCAUCAUUGGCAUUGGCAUC